UGUCGCGCCGCGCCUGCGCAGUGCGGCGGGCGGCGGGCUGAGCGCGGCGGCGAUGGCCGGCUACAGCGUGGAGGAGCGAGCCGCCCCUCACAGCCUGGAGUACCGGCUCUUCUUCAAGGACGCCGCCGGGCGUUACAUCUCCCCUUUUCACGAUAUCCCCAUCUACGCAGACGCUGGCAAGAAUGUGUUCAACAUGGUUGUGGAAGUACCUCGAUGGACAAACGCUAAAAUGGAGAUUGCAACAAAGGAUCCCUUAAACCCAAUUAAGCAAGAUGUGAAGAAGGGAAAACUGCGCUUUGUAGCUAAUGUGUUUCCUCACAAGGGUUAUAUCUGGAAUUACGGUGCUAUCCCACAGACUUGGGAAGACCCAGGUCACAAAGAUGAGAACACGGGCUGCUGUGGAGAUAACGAUCCAAUUGAUGUGUGCGAAAUUGGAAGUAAGGUCUGCUCCCGAGGAGAAGUCAUCAAAGUGAAGGUGCUGGGCACACUGGCACUGAUUGAUGAGGGAGAGACAGACUGGAAGAUAAUUGCUAUCAACGUUGAAGACCCUGAAGCAGGCAACUAUAAUGAUAUCAGUGAUGUCAGAAGGAUGAAACCUGGAUACUUAGAAGCUACAGUGGACUGGUUCAGAAGAUACAAAGUACCUGAUGGAAAGCCAGAAAAUCAGUUUGCUUUUAAUGGUGAAUUUAAAGACAAGGAUUUUGCUCUGGAUGUCAUCAAAUGUACUCAUGAACACUGGAAAGCUUUAAUAGCAAAGAAAACUGACGGAGGGGAGAUCAGCUGCACAAACCUGACAGUGUCCGACAGCCCUUUCUGCUGUAGUCAAGACUGUGCAAAAGCUACUGUGGAUGCAGCACCACCGUGUAAAGCUGCCAACCCGAUCCCCCCCGAAGUUGACAAGUGGUUCUACUACCAGAAAAACUAAGGCCUGAGGCUGGGGGGGCAAGACAGCUGUGUCACCGAGGAGUCGCCACACACAGGAAUAGAGCAGAAAAAUAGCUUCAGUGUCAACAAGACGACCUUGCCUGUAACUUUGUCGAUUAGAAUUAACACACCUAGCAGCGACGCGUCUGCUGCAUCGAGGUCUUGUGGAGACUGGAAGAUGUAAUUUAUACAAUCCAGACAUCCUGCUUGUGCAUGGUCAUAGCGUGUACUUUGUAAAUCGCGACGGAAGAUCACCCACCUGGUACGUGUAUGGAUGCUAGAAAUAAAAACUACUGACACGGAA